UAUCCGGUUAACUUGGAAGGAAGACAUUAUCACAUAUUUUGCAUAUUUUCAUGUUUAACGCAUCAUAGGAAUGGCAGAACCAGACGAAGGUAGUAAAAGUAAAGCAGACAGUGAAUCUGAGGAUGAAAGUGAAGUUUUAGAGGAAAGUCCUUGUGGAAGAUGGCAGAAGAGACGAGAAGAGGUAGAGCAGCGAGAUGUGCCUGGUAUUGAUAAUGCAUUCCUGGCCAUGGACACAGAAGAAGGAGUAGAGGUUGUCUGGAAUGAAGUGCAGUUUUCUGGAAAUAGAAACUUGAAAGAACAACAGGAAAAGAUUCGACAAGUCUUUAACAGUCUGAUACAGCUAGAUCACCCAAAUAUUGUCAAAUUCCACAAGUACUGGACUGAUACCAAAGAGGGGCGACCAAGGGUUAUAUUCAUCACAGAGUAUAUGUCAUCUGGUUCCCUGAAACAGUUCUUAAAGAGAACAAAGAAGAACAACAAAACAUUCCAGCUUAAGGCGUGGAAGAGAUGGUGUACACAGAUCUUAUCAGCUCUCAGUUACCUACAUUCCUGUGAGAUUAUACAUGGCAAUUUGACCUGUGAUACAAUUUUUAUACAACACAAUGGGCUCAUCAAAAUAGGUUCCGUGGCUCCUGAUGCCAUGCACAUUGUGAAAACAUACAGAAAAGACAUCAAAAACAUGCAUUGUGUGGCUCCUGAAUAUGAAGAUCCAUCUAGAUGCACAACUGCCAUAGAUAUCUACUCAUUUGGAAUGUGUGCUUUGGAGAUUGCAGCACUAGGUUUCCAGGGCAAUGGAGGAGAAGGUGGUACUAAUCAUGUCACUGAAGAGGCCAUAGAAAAAACACUAGCCUCGCUGGAAAAUCCUCUUCAAAAGGAUUUCAUAUCCAAGUGCAUACAGAAGGACCCUAAGAAACGGCCCCAGGCCAGGGAGCUUCUGUUCCAUGAAAUUCUCUUUGAAGUCCACUCGCUGCUACUCUUAGCUGCACAUGCUAUUGUACAUUCAUCAAUUUUACCAGAAAAUUUAACAGACCAAGCCAACAAGUACAAGCUUGAACCCAAUCAAGUGAUUGCAGAGAUUACACACCCUGAUGGCAGAGAAGGGGUGGUAUGGAGAGUGUCCAAGUGUCCUCCAAUGGAACGGGAAAAAUUAUUAGAAGAUGUCAGAAAUGGCAUCUUUCCUCUGACUGCCUUUAAUGUGCCCACACCCCCUCCCAAACCAAGGGCCAAAACUCCAGAAGUGGAGGAGCUGUCUAAGUCAGAGAUCCCUGAACCGGUGGAUGUGGAGAAUCGCCUCGUCAUGCAGUCCACUUGUUCAGUGAAGAAAACAGAUGAACAAGGCACAUACAACCUUACACUACAGUUGAAAAUGGAUGACAAAAUGAACAGGCAGUUAACAGCAGAGGUCAAUGAUGAGGACACGCCAGAGAAUUUGGCUCAGGAGCUGGUGCAUUAUGGCUUCAUUAAUCAGAGAGACCGUGAUAGUAUAACAAAACUAAUUGAAGAUUCCAUUCGCCCCUCUAUGUUAGAAAAUGGUAUACUAGAAAAUGUUGCCACAGCUUGAUGUCUUCUGUUGAGUUGGGAUAAUGUGAUAGUAAAGGGGCCACUCCAAACUAUAAAAAACCAGUGUGGCUAAGAUAACUUGCCUACACCUGCCUUUUCAUAUUGGGAAAAGCCUGUGGGAGGAAGAACAGUUUCAGGAAGUUGUGGAGAAACAUGAUCCUUUCAAUCCUUGUACUUCAGAGUCGGUUGAUAAAUGUGAUGCCAAUGAUUAGGAGAUUUUUUGUUGCCUUAUAUUAAGGUACACAGUACAUGGUGCUGUCUCCAGAGAAUUCCUGUCAAAUUUUAAUAGCUCAAAGCUAAGGACACUUGUUGACCUACUCUUUUGUUCCUAAUUAGAAAGAGGAUAUUUUAAAAGAUUAUUUUCAAAGUUUUGAACAGUAACUUGUAGUAAACCUUUUUAUAUGGAGUAUGAAAUGAGUGAGACAUAUUUGAAUUUAAUUUUGGCAUUUAUGUAAACUAACUUUGUCAAGUUGGCAGGUUAAAUACAGAUAUUGAAUUGAAAUGCACAAAGAAUGCAAGUCUUAAAGAGGGACUUUUCAUUUCAGUUGUGAAAUAUUGAAUGUUUUUCUUUUAUCAACACCAUGGUGUAUAAAUAGUUUGUAUACAUGUAUAUACAUUUGUAUAUAAUUAUGCUUCAUUUAAGAUUCUUUGAUUGCAUUUUUUGUUACAGUGAACAAAGUUUAUUGAAUGAAAAGAACUGAAGGGGAAAAAAACAAAUUUUAAAUGCUCUAUUAUAUUAAGUUUUUGCCUUCACGAUAUAUUGGCCAAAGUGCAUUGAAAACAAUUUUGCUUCAGUCAUUUUAGUAAUUGGAUGAUUUAAAGCAGAGAUUCAUAUUUCUCCUCUGAAUUUGAGGGCAAAAAAGUGAACUGAAAAGAGGAUACAACUAGUUCUCAUUUUGAAUUGCUAAUAUAUGUUUAUGGAAUCAUUUUAAUAUGAAAUUAACAUAUAGUUUUCAAUAUUUCAUUUUUAUCUUUUGUAUAUAUAAGGAAUUGCAUUUGUGCCAUAAUUCCAAGUUAAAGGGCAUUAAAACAAAUUUAACAACAAGUUAUAUAUUGAAUUACACUUAGAAAGGUAUGUGUAUUUAAUCACUCAUUAAAAUCAAUGCUCUGCAUACUGUCAAGAAUUCUUAAAUUUGUAGAUUAUGAAAGUUAAAUUUCAACAAAAUUUUUUGUACAAGACAUUUUGUGUAAUACUUGACAGUUUAACUUUAUUCAAAUAUAAUUGUAUGCAGCAUAAUGGAUAACUGAACUGGUAUACAAACACAUUUGAUUAAAAUUUGUAAAUACACCUGUCUUGAAGAUGGUCUUCAAUGUUUUAUUAUUACAGCCUACAUGUUUAUCCUCUUUCUGCCUUGAGAUAUUGUUUUAUUUUGCCAUUGUUUAUUUAUUUAUGAUUUCUCUCAAAUUAAAACCUUGUUUACCGGUGGAAAAGAAUUAGUACAGUUAUCAAUUUAUCAUACAAUUUGAAUAUUUUUGUGAAAUUUUUUGAAACGGAUCAAACAUGUACAUUUAUGUAGUCUACAGUGACCUUUCCCAUUUUUUCCCCUUAUUUUAGCUCACCUUGAUGAAGUUGAGAUGAGCUUAUGCUACUGGUGUUGUCACCAGUGUCGGCAUUGACAUCCCGGUUAAAGUUAUUUUUGAGCAGAUCCGUUAAGUUUUUAGAGCAGACCCAUUCUCAAUAGACUAAGCUUUGUUGUGACUAUACUUGCAUGGAUGAUGAGUAUAGGGAUGCACAAUACCAAACUUGUUUUGGAUGCAGAAUUUGACCUACAUUUUAUGGAUUAGUGUUUUUGAGCAGAUCAAUUCCCAAGUAAAUGUAACCCUAUGGUCACCAAUCUUUAUGGAUGAUGGUUCUAAUCUAGGGAUGCAUAGUACCAGACUUGCUUCAGAGGCAGUAUUUGACCUAUAUGUUCAGGAUGAGUUACCAGGAAAAAGUUUUGAAGCAGGUCCAUUUCAAGGUAAAUAUAUUAGUCUACAUUUACCAAACUUCCAUAGAUGAUACAACUUGGGAUGCACAUCACCAGAAUUGCUUUGGAUGCAUCAUCUGACCUACAUUUUCAGGAUGAUUGAACAGUUGAAGUUUUAAGGUCCAUUCCCAAGUAACUUUAAACCCUACCAAGACCAAACUUGCAUUGAUGUUGCAUCUAGGGGUGCACACUGCUGGAACAUCCUCUGGUGGACUUUUCUUUACUUAAUAUAGAUGAUGUCUGUCGAGAGGAACUUUGUAAUUUUGAUAACCUAUGUUUCUGAAAUGUAAUGAAAUCAAAUUGACUCCUUGCUAAUAUAGUUAACUUGUGCUCUUAUACCCUCUCUGACACUUAAAAUAGAGGUACUCUGUACAACUUAUUAUAUAAUAGACGUUCUUUGUAUAACUCAUAAUGUAUGUACAGUUACCUUGUGGGUGUAUUUUUAGAUUUGCAAAUUGGGGUCAGUGAUUAAACACAGAUAUAAUUAUAUGUAUAUUAUUUUUGUUUUAAUGUGGCCACUUGUAAAUAUAUACUGUGAAUAACUUAUAAACUCUGUGCUACAUGAAUGUUCCUGGACAUAGCUUUAAAUUAAAAUUAUUUGCUUCAGUUUUGAGAAAAAGUAUUUGUUCUGAAAUAUUUUUUUUAUCAAAUUAGAAAAUUAACACUGGUCAUUUAAGUUUUACAAUAAGAUUGUCAUUUCAGAUUUACAAUAAGAAUGCCACAUUUUGUUUUGUUAUGGUUUGUUAUUACAUGUGCAAUGAUUUACAAAUAUUUUUACAUUUAAUUUGAACUGCAUUAAAAUAUUGAGUUUCUCGA